UCAACCCAAAACCUUCCUCGAAAAAAAAAAGGUCCCCUUCUUUCCUCCUUCCUCUUCUUCACUCUCUCUCUCUCUCUCUCUCUCUCAAGUCUCAGUUCUCCCAUUUCCUCUCCCAUUUCCAACUCAAACGAUGCUCAUCAUUUCUCAGUGAGAUCCAUGGCGAGAUUUGGCGGCAAACAUGGAUCCAGAAAAUACUUGUUCGUAUUAUCCUGCAUCGCUCUCCUCGGGAUCGCCCUCGUCGCCGAUUUCCUCUGGGCUUCUUCCUCCUCCUCCGCGUCGUCCUCCCCCAAUUGGUCCUCCGCCCUAGAUUUCCCCCUCGAGCAGCCAAUUCAUGCCUUUAAAUCUCCCGAUCCCAAGCCAGUAAGUCCCCGGACUUCCCCCGGAUUAGGGUUUUAGUUCGAUAAUUCCAGGUGAUUUCCUUUGUUUUUUGUUUUCUUUUUGGGGUUUAGGGAAAGAAGAAGAGCGGAGGGAGAUUAAAGCGUUGAUGAAAGAUGUGAACUUGACUUGCGGAUUUGCCGGCGGCCAAUUGCAAUGGGAGGAGAUGGCGGCUGCGCCUGUGCCGAGAUUGGACGGAGCGGCUAUACAGAUUGAGAAUCUUUUGUUUGUAUUUGCUGGUUAUGGUACUAUUGAUUAUGUGCAUUCUCAUGUGGAUAUCUAUAACUUCACUGAUAAUACAUGGGGAGGAAGAUUUGAUAUGCCUAAAGAAAUGGCCCAUUCACAUCUAGGGAUGGUAACAGAUGGUAGAUACAUCUAUGUGGUCACUGGGCAAUAUGGACCACAAUGUAGAGGGCCUACAGCUCGCAACUUUGUCCUAGACACAGAGAAGAAAGAGUGGCAUGACUUACCUCCUUUACCUGUGCCGAGGUAUGCACCGGCCACCCAGUUGUGGAGAGGUAGACUGCAUGUUAUGGUGCAGCAAGAGGACCGGCCCAACGAGCCUGGCACUCAGCAUUGGAGUCUUGCGGUAAAGGAUGGAAAGCUUGAGAAAGAAUGGCGAAGCAAAUACCAAUACCUCGUGUGUCCUCACCGGGCUUGUGUGGUUGCUAAUGAUCGGCUUCUUGUGAUUGGUGGCCAAGAGGGUGAUUUUAUGGCCAAACCUGGAUCACCUAUCUUCAAAUGUGCUCGGAGGAGUGAGGUGGUAUACGGCAAUGUCUACAUGCUUGACGACAAACAGAAAUGGACAGAACUGCCUCCAAUGCCAAAGCCAGAUUCCCAUAUAGAAUUUGCAUGGAAAAUGGUUAAUAACUCCAUUAUCAUCGCCGGAGGCACAACAGAGAAACAUCCCAUAACCAAGAAGAUGGUGCUGGUUGGGGAAGUCUUUCGAUUCAAUCUAGAUACCAUGGAGUGGUCUGUAGUUGGACGAAUGCCUUUCCGCAUAAAGACUACCUUAGUUGGAUACUGGGAUGGAUGGUUAUAUUUCACAUCGGGCCAACGAGACAGAGGUCCCGACGAUCCUUCUCCGAAGAAAGUCGUAGGAUGCGUUUAUAGGACAAAGUUACACUUGUGAUUUCUUUUUCAUCCAACUCAACAUAGAUCGAGUUGGACAUUUUUAAUUACAGUUCUGUUCAAUUUGUAUGUAAACUAGACGAUUAUUUGAUUCGUUUCAGGGAAGUACCCAUGUCCUUUGUAUCAAUCCGUGUUUACGUAUAUCCCAAAGUGAAAUAUGUAAGUGCUUUUUUCGAUCUUCUCGGCUUGUGAUUAUGGUAAUAUACAUUCAAAGUUA